AUGGGCGAGGGAAGGACGCAGCGAGAGAUAGUUGUGCACGAGGAGGGCGAGAUCAUGCAGAUGGAACAAGACCCGGCGAUGGAGCUCUCUAUGUGCAAGGGAGGGCACCUGGCCUGCACGGACUGCCGCGUUGAGCGCCCUGGGAACCAGCGGCAGGGCCAGAAGUGCGAGCGCGGCGGUGGCUUCGAUGUGCGGAACACGGCGGUGGAUGCCCUCCUUUCGUCGGUGAGGGUGGAGUGCCCACACGAAGGCUGUGGGCUCUACGUCACUUACCACAAGCUCGCCGAUCACCAGAGCGUGUGUCCGCUCGCGCCCUGCAAAUGCCACGUGCCCGUCUGCGGCUAUGAAGGCCCGCUGCCAGCGUUCUACCACCACAUCAGCAUCGCGCAUCCCAUGCCCGUGCACAGGAUCCAGUACGGCAAGGUGCUCCAGCUGGAAGUGCCAUUGUUGGAGCCACGGCUCUUGCUGUUCGCGGAGGAGGACGACCACAUGUUUUUCUUGGUCGGCGGCGUGCUCGACAUCGGCGCGCCUAUUGCCGUGUCGGUCGUCUGCAUCAGAGCGAGGGCGUCCCCACUGCCGCACUAUGUAGCCAAGCUGUGGGCGAACGGCCCGCCGGGGGAGCCCAAAGGCACGACCGACGCCGUCAAGGUGGAAAUGGAGGUGACAAGCAGAAAGGAGCCCGGCGACAUCGCCGUGCAGGAGCUGACCUUCUUCACAAUUCCACCCAAGCUGCUUGCCGCGGCUAAGCUGGUGUCCCUCCACAUUCAGAUUGACAAGCUCACGUCCUAA